CAAGUGGUGAGCGACGCGGCCCUCUACUCGCUCCUGGCCCGCCUCGAGCUCGUCUACCUGAUCGAGUCCAUGUUCCUGUGGUGCCCCGGCCUGCAGCGCCUCUCGUCCCGUCUGCGCCUCCUCACGGGCCCUCACAACACGCCCUUCCUCUACGCCAAGAUCAACAAGAGGCGGAAGGGCGAGAGGCUCGAGUCGGGCCGGAGUCGGAGGACCUGAGUCGGCUGGAUGGGACGACGUCGGAUAAUCUGAGGAUGCGUCGCCAGCAGUACCUGGAGGAGGAGAAGCUUCGUCGCCGAGGAGACCCAGCCGCUGAGUGCCUCUCCAUCCUUCGGAAGAUAGCCAAGCGCCACCCGGAGGUCCUGCAGGAUGUCAUCGGUAGUCCUGAAGCGAAGGAGCAGGAGUAGGUCUUCAGCGCCUUCGUCAGGUCUUCGUCAGGAGAGAGCUGGAGAAGACAUUUUAAGUUUCGUAGGGCCUAUGGUGACGCUUGUGGUGACACGUCAGCAUCGGAAGGGAAAAUAUAUAUAGGUGUGAAUAUAUAUACGUGUAUUUCUCUUGUCUUUGUCCGGCCAGAGGAAUUAGGAAAAAAAA